AUGGGUCACCAGGAGCUCUACUGGAGUCGCCCACGGAAGUUUGGCCAGGGUUCUUGCUCUUGCCGCAUCUGCUCUAACCACCAUGGUCUGUUCCGUAAAUACGGACUGAGCAUGCACCGUCAGUUCUCCUGUCAGCACGCGAAGGGCAUGGGCUUCAUUAAGUUGGGCUAA